AUGGCGACCUGGCAUCGUCCAGCGGUAGAGGUAUUUGUCCUCGGCGGACUGCUCGCCUUGGCACCGCGGCAGGUCAACGAAUGGCAGCGCGGUGUGGCCCUGCGCCUCGGCCGCUUCGAACGGGUUCUGAAGCCGGGCAUCUCCUGGGUAGUGCCGCUGAUCGACACGGUCAGCGCGAGGGUCGACAUGCGGAUCCGCUCGACUAGUUUUUCGGCCGAGAAGACCCUGACCCAGGACACCGUGCCGGUCGAUGUCGACGCGGUGCUGUUCUGGGUGGUGACCGAUGCCAAGCGCGCUGUGCUCGAGGUCGAGGAUUACGCCAAGACCGUCACCUGGGCGGCCCAGACCACCCUGCGCGACAUCAUCGGUCAGGCCGAGCUGGUACAGAUGAUCUCCGACCGCCAGCAGCUCGACGAAGAACUCCAACGGCUGAUCGACGCCAAGACCUCGGAAUGGGGCGUGACCGUGCAAUCGGUGGAAAUCCGCGACGUGCGCAUCCCGGCAGCGCUCGAAGACGCCAUGAGCCGCAAGGCCCAGGCCGACCGCGAGAAAGAAGCCCGCGUCAUCCUCGCCGAAUCCGAGCUGCUGGUGGCCGAGCAAAUGGACAAGGCCUCGCAGGUCUACCAGGAAAACCCGGUCGCCCUGCGCAUUCGGGCAAUGAACAUGACCUACGAGUCGAUCAAAGAGCGCGGCGCCCUGAUGGUCAUUCCCUCGGGGAUGGCCGAAUCGAUCAACCCCGGCGUCAUCGGGCUGGCGGCGAGCGCCUUCGAAGCACCUGGCGAGGAUCCGUGA